AUGUUCCUGGACCAGUUCGGCGGCCCUUUGCCCACUCUGGCUGAGACGAGCGAGCAAAUCACCUGCGUCGAAUCGUUGCCCUCUAGAGCCCCUCACGUCGACUGGAAGGUCAAAGAGCGUUUGCAGAAGCUGAUACAGAUCCCCCCAUACGGCGACGCUGUGAUCAAGAGGCGCCAUCUUAAGCAAUUUCCUUCUGAUAGAGAUGACUGUUCGAACCCUGUGUGCGGUAGUCGUACGGCAUAG